AGCAGGGAGCAGGGGAGGCUGCCUGCUGCUGCUGCUGGGAGGAUCCACCUUUUGGCGGGGCUUUGCGAGCAAAGGAGGGCCAGGAGCCCAGGCCAGGAGGGGUGAAAGUGAGGAGCCUUUGCGUGGAUUGGGAGCCAGCUGGAUUUGGUUGAUUCUCCUGCGAUUAUAAAGGACAAGCCCUAUGGAGACUGGUAUGGUGGAGUCUCCUCCUUUGGAGGCUUUUAAGCAGAGGCUGGAUGACUGUCUGUCAGCAGUGCUUUGCAGGAUGAGGUUGGAUUGGAUGGCCCUAGGGGGUCCCUUCCAACACUAGGAUUGUAUGAUCCCAGGUGCAACCCUAGCAGAACUAACUAGCAAAAGAACCAAGGCAAUCUUCCACUUUGAAGGUAAGGGAGAAGAGGCCAGAAAGUAGUCUGGAGGUAAGCCAAGCAGUCCAGGGCCAGGCUGGCUCAGAAGCAAAGGAGAAGACCUCAAAGGCACCAGCCCUCCUUGUGCCCACUUGUCAGAAGAGGAGCAGAAUGCCCCAGGCAUGGGCUUGAUUGGAACCCAGGACCCGAGCACAAUAGCCUGAGAGGUAGAUGUGGGGGAUCCCCACAGCCAUUCUGAAGCAGGACUUGGUCCAGGAUCCAUUGGAGAAAAGGAGGGAGGAUUAACAACUGUGGGCUGCAUGGGCUUCAGCUUGUGGGGAGAGGAGUGGAGUGACCUUAGUGGCUGCUGAAACUGCGAGGCAUCCUUGGCUGAAAAGGACUGGAUCCCACUUACCUGGCCAGGGUUCCUCUGUGUGGAGCUGCCAAGCUGGAAGACCACUCCAGGUAGAGCCAGAGACCGACGCCAGAGAUGACCCAGCCCAGUGAGGCCCAGACCCAUACCCCCACCACCAGUGUUCCCAUGGACAGUAAUGUGGUGGCCAUUAUCAUAGCUACCACAGUUUCUUCCUCUGUGUUCAUCGUGGCCAUCUUGGUGCUGCUGCUGCUUUUGUACCACCGAGACCCUCUGUGCUGCCAGUUUCUGUGUUCUUGCCGUUUCUUCCAGAGCCCAAGUCAAUAUGACUGUCCCCCUCCAUAUUUCAGCAGCAGCCAGCGACUGGUGGGGCCCCAGUCUGGAGUACAACACUUGGAGACAAGCACUGCUGAAAAUCAUGGCAUGCAGGGAGAUGAGCUAUUCUGUGUUGGACCCCCUAGCAGCUACCAGCUUCCUCCAUGGGAGCAACCACGCCUGCCAAGUUACGAGAGUGUGCGGAAGAAGGAUCGGCAACGAGAGAUCCACCAGAUGAUUGCUGAAAGAUUUGGCUUGUGGGCUGAGGUCUCUCAAGAGUUACCGCCUCCCUAUGAGCAAGCCCUGCAGUAUCCCGCAGCUUUAUCAGGAACUGAAGUGGGUACAGAGUUGUCAGCUGGGCACAGCUUGCCAGACAUGCUCCAAGCUUCACCUACUUACCCAACUCAAAGAAACACAUCGGUAUAGGAGACAUUAGUCUCCCUCAACCCAUCUCUUUGGCAGAGUUCGGGACACUGUUUGUAUAGUGCCAUCUGCCACACCCCUUUUCCUGGUGCCACUUUAGUUGAAACUCUUGUUCUAGAACUGCCACAAAGCCAGCCUUGUCUUUUCUUCUACUAUUACCACAGGAUUGAGAAUGAAAACUGGAAGCUCUCAUGUUCUGUUUGGACCUGAUCCUGAGGACAGUUGAACAAUGAAAACCAUGACUAGGGAGAGAUUUUUUAAAAAUGAUUAUUUUGAUUUUUCGAAGUAUCAGAGGCUGGAAGAAUAUCUAUCAGAAAGAGUCUAGAGAUACAGAGAAUAUCAUAGUGCAGCAAAGCUGGCUGGAAUCAUUAAACUCAGGGGAACAUCUUUGCCCUAGGAAUCCAUAAGCCACAUAGAAUCACUGCAGGAAUUUCUGUUGGGUAUCCUGCAGUCAACUACUGAAGAAAGCCACUAAGAUGGUCCCCUUUGCUACUUUAGAGAGACCCAGACUUCUUAGUCAAAGGGCUCUUUGAGUUUGUUUUUUAAUCCUCCCGUGGGAAUUGCCAAACUUUCAGAAUGUUAAACCUCACAGAAAGAAUGUUGUACUGGCUUUUUGGCUUCUUAAUAGCAAUCAACAGAACAGGAAUGGGUGCUUCAAGUGACCAAAUGACUACAUUGUGUAUUCUAGCCUACUGCGUCUAGCCCCAAGUCAUCCUUGGGAGAUGUUCUGGUGGGAUUUUGUCUUUUGUCUUCUUUUAACUGCUGGGCAGUUUUAUGAGGCCAAACAAGAUUAAUGGAUCAACAGAGGACAGGAUGUGGAAUUUAUAGAGCAACCUUCUCAAGAGUCCAAACAACUUAAGGUUUAGGGCCAAGCCAUAUCAGCCAUAUCAUGAUGUGCGGACUUGGAGUUUCCCCCAGGAGGGGAGUAAGGUAGUGAUAGUUAUCUUUCUUCACUCCCAUCGUUGUUUACUCUGCUUGAUUGUUUGUCAGUUGGAGCUCAGACAAUCUUGUUAAGCUUGAAUCUAAUUUUUGUUAUUUGGGUUUUUAUUUGUAUUUGGAAAAUAAGCUUUGAAAAUGUUCCUAAUGCCAUCACUUAAAGCAAUCUGAUCAGGAAACAAUUGCCACCUCCGGUCCAGUCCAGUGUUGUAAGUUCACAAAAUGGGUUUUUGUUCUGCCUUGUUUCUGCCUUUCUGCAGAAUUGGUAGAGCUCAGGAAUAGGUCUAAGAAGUUGUAUCUGGGAUUCAUCCUUCUGUGGCGAACAGAGAUGUCAUAUCAGAGGUUCAAUAAAUGAUGAAGCAGUUUGAAGACAUUCACCACCUGAACAGCAAGCUCCCCUUCCCUCUCCUGGACUAUUUGAUGUGGCUAUAAACCAUGGCUUUCUUUUAACCAGUGUCAGCUUGCAGCUUCAGGUAUUGCUCUGAAGAUUAGCUUUAACAAAGCUUUUACAGCAGUACCAACAAACUGCUUCACAGAGGCUAACAAGCAAAAUCAAGGAAUAGCUAUAGCUGGAGCGUGCACAUACCUGAGGCCUGCCUUGAAUAUGUUACAACAUAGUUGAGAGUCCUUUUGCCUAUGAGUGUUUUCACCUACAGCUCCCAUCAGCCCUACCAAGCAUGUCCAAUGGUGAGGGAUUAUGGGAGUUCUGGUUCAAAACAUCUACUUCCUCACAUCUUCCUUAAAAGAGACACAGCCAUGCUAGUCUGGAAUAUUCAUAUGCAAAGGGAUCCUGUACAACCUUUGAGACAAACAGCUAAAAAAAAGCUGUAGAAAGGCUUUCAUAGAAGUAGGCCUAGUCUAUGAAAGCUUAUGCUACAAUGUCUUUCACACAGGGCCAAAACAGAUGGCCCUGAAGGGGCAGCUUUAAGCCGCCCCUUCCGAAGAUGGAUUGGGGCUGUCGCAACCACAUGUUGCAGCCCCAAUCCACCUUGAAGGUGGCCAAAAAAAGGAGCUGCAAAGAUCCUCUCCUUUUUUGGCCAGCAAAAAGGUGUCUUCUGGGCCCACCAAAGUCCAAAGCUGGCUUCAUGAUGUUCCAGCAGCGUGUAAACGCUGCGUUGCCAGAGCGUCAUGAAGCUGCCCAUGAGUAAAUGGUGGCUUCCGAACAUGCAGCAUCAAAAUGCUGCCUGGACAGCAGCAUAAAAUGGCUGUCUGUUUGGCCCUGCAGUCAGUCUCAAAGAUGCUACAAGAUCCCUUUAUGUGCUUAGAGAAACAAAUACCCAAGUGCCCAGUAUCUAAAAUCCAAAAUGCAAGAACCUGAUUGCAGAUUCAGAAGGAAGAACUGGCUCAAACUAACUGAAGACACCAAAAGGUAAACAAGCAGGUGGUCUCAGUAAAGUGGAGGAUGUGAAUAAAUACACAAUACAAGAUAGCCGACCUCCCUCUAACACAGCCAGCUAGGACUUAUGGCAGCAAUGGAUAGGAAAUUGAUUAGUAAUAGCAUUGCCUCAAGUCUACAACCUUUCCUAUACCUCCAGCAGACCAUAGUGAAUAAAGUACACUAAGGCCCGUUACAGACGGGCUUAAAAGUACGCGCGGAGCCUAGUGUGUGCUGUGUGCGCACAAAAUGGCAGCGGCCGUUCCACAUGGCC